UAAGGUUCUGCCUCUGCUUUCCCUGCGGCAAUCAUGCCAUCCUGAUUCGAGGGCAUUUCCGGUGUUUACAUAGGCCUAAUUCUGUUGAUGAUCUUCCAGUGGUUGAUGCGAUCGAUCGUGGUGAAUACAAAUAUAUUUUGAGCUUCAUUUGGAGUCACAAUGGCAUUCUGAAAAGCAGUUUGUGUGUAUGUUGCAUGUACAUGUACUACAAUAGAGUUUGCCUAUCUGCGUCCCACAUUUGUCCAAUUGGAGGGAAAAUCCCACUGGCUGAAGGACACCCCACCUGCCAGGCUUGGACCAACAAGAAGGGAUAAGCGCUGGCCGUCGAGUUGGUCGAGUGUUUCUAAAUUAUGACUGAUCGCGAGGCGCUCAAGAUGGCAGCGAAUCCGGGCCUCGCGAACCCCGGGCCGGCGCCCUCGGUGCCGCCGGCCUCGGCCGGGGGAGGGGCGGCCCAGGACCGGCUGGGCCUGUUUGCCACCCUGCAGCAGCUGCCCACGCUGCGCCGCAUCCGCCGGCUGUCAGUGCACGACCGGUCCAGCAGCGACUCCAACCUGGCCCACCCGGACCUCCAGCGCUGGUCGCUGUCCAGCCUGAUGGUCAACAAACACGAGAUCACGCUGGAGCCUGAUGCGCAGCUCAUCGUCUACUGGGACAUCAAGGACAGCGUCAGCGCCAGCGACUGGAUCGGACUCUACCUUGAAGGUGAGAACUCGCCGGCCAAUUUUCAGAGCUUCAAAAACCGGGGCGUCAGCGCCACCCACAAGGGACAGAUCUUGUGGCACCUGGACUCGGAGAGCUGCUUCCGUAAACCCGUCACCAGAGUUUGUUUCAAGUACUAUCACGGGACGACGGGGGAACUCCGUGCUGUCACUCCGACGAUAACAGUCAGGAACCCCCAUGCCAGUGAGGCGGAAGAUCCUUCCCCAGACAAUGGCCCGCUCUUCCAUAUUGCCAUCAGCGAUCUGAAAGGUAUCGGUUUGAAGAAGGGGAUGUUUUUCAAUCCGGACCCGUACAUUAAGUUCUCCAUCCAGCCGGGCCGUAACCACACCCUGCCGCUGUCGGACAGCUACUACGGCCAGGAGCAGCGGACGUCCAUCGCGGAGAAGACUGUCAUGCCUUCCUGGGAUGAUCAGGAGUUCCACUUCAGAGCGGCGCGCACCGACGUCCUUGAGAUGGAAGUAAAGGACAAGUUUGUGCGAUCGCGGCCGAUCAUCAGCCGCUUUCUCGGCCGCCUGGCCAUUCCCAUCCAGCGGCUCGUCGAGAAGGCAGCACUUGGAGAGCGGACGGUGACCUACAACUUGACCAAACGCCAUCCUUCGGAUCAUGUCAGUGGCUGUCUGACAUUCACUGUGGACAUCGAACAAGAGGACAGCCCGGAGAGUGAAUCUGUUGCCAACGGCGACGAGGAGCGCAUUCCUGAUCAGGUGACUAGGUCCUUGUCCGUCCCAGCCAUCUCAAACUUGGGGGAUGAAGGCGACGGCCGACAGCGAGCCAGCACGCAACCCACGUCAGCAAAUGCACUAGCCGGUGCCCAGCACCUGGCCGCCGACCGAACAAUAUCGGCUCCUUCCAGUUAUCGGGCCGGAGCUACCCGACUGACCAACAUUGGGGCACCUGAGACGCCCACGGAUGAGAUCACCUAUCCCAUCACCCAAGAACAGCUCUCGGCUGCUGCGCAACGGACGAACUCUCCAUCCAUUGGAGAAAUUCAGAGUAUACAGUGUUCCUUAAUACUGCCGGACAAGACUGCACCGAAUGAUAAUGAUGAUGGGGUGAGAGCCGGUUCUGAGAGACGCACGUCACCGAGUAGGCCGACUGAACUCCAUCUGCACAUACCCAGGUCAAAGGGUGCAACUUCGCAGCCCGAUGUCGUCCCACCUGCAGUGGCCACCCAGACCUCCCCUUUGCCGAAACCUUCGCCUGAUGCUGCUCGGGGGAGAACUAUGCAAGCGGAAGGGUCCCUCGCAGUGAAAGCCCAAACCCCUGAUGUGGUGGAGGAAACCAUGUUUCCGUUAACCCUGGAUGAUUCUGAAAUGGAUACCGGAACGCGACAGGAAUCGCAAUCGGAUUUAGUGAACGAUUUGGACGGUGUGUCAGGUCGGCGGGCUUCGGCAGAAGGGGGCACUCUGUUGCUGCCUCCUCGUGAGCUUCAAAACGCAGGUUUGAGCUCCUCCCUGCCUUCCAAGCCCAGUUCCACAUCAGCACUGGCUGCGGACCGCCUGCUGAGCAACGAGAACCUGGUCGCCCGCGCCAUCCUCAGCUCCUCCCCGCUGCGGGUCCACCCGUCCUCUGGCUCCCCCUCUAACUCUCCGCUGGGCUCCCCGGCCAGCCGGCGUCGCGCCAUCAGUGACAUCGCCCUGCAGCGAGAGAUCGAGGAAGAGGUGAACCGCCUGCGGAUGCGCUCGUCGACCGCCAUGCCAGCCCGUGAGCCAGAGACUCCCACCAACACACCGGUCGGCACCCCGCAGGUGGAUUCCAUCUUAGCUGCCUCCAGGGGCCCCGAUCUGAGUUUGCCGGAGAACGUGCCUUUGGAGCAAACUGGCACAGAUGCGACAAAUCAAGCUGGAACUGAAAACAUCCAAAGCGGCUCUGCCGGUCCCAGAAACAACAACAAUAGCCAGACGCAGCCAGGCAACAGCACAUCGACUUCAGAAACAACCAUGCUGUCCAGCGCAACCGACACAACAGGUGCUGAAGAGGGCAGCAGCAGCACACUAUUGGCUAUGAACCAGAACAACAUUGGCCAAUCAGAGGCCGGGAGCGAGACCCCCCCAGAUGGCAAUGCAUCAUCCCACGACACCAGAUCCACCACCGAAUCAGAAAGCUUCGAAUCGGGUACCAGUCACUCAGCUGGUUCCGAAUCGUCAGAUCUUGCAGCCAGGGGCGGAGGAGAUUCGAGCAGACCAGAUGGACAGGCAACAGCCAAAGGGGCUGUUGGUAAAUCCGACAACGUCUGGCAACGCAGGAAAAAGUACAAGUCGUCUAGACCGAAUCUAAGAGUCAAUAUCACCGGGGUGACCUCGGACAGCACAGACAUCGAAGCCCAACGCACCCCCACCACGCCGGUGCUAACCCCGCAACGCGUCACCUACCAACGUUACGAGCUACCAGCUGGCGAAGACCCUCUGCCUGACAAUUGGGAAGCUCGGAUCGACCAGUACGGCCGAGUGUUUUAUAUCAACCACGCCCAGCGCACAACCACUUGGACCAAGCCAAAGAUAAGCCACGCCACGCAGCAAGAGCACCACGAGAGGGACUCCCGACAGAGCAGGCAGCAGCUGGACCGAAGGUAUCAGAGCAUCCACAGAACCUUACAAAGACAAGACAACGCAUCUGAAGAGAGCUCGUCCGCAUCAACGUCAACGGAUAGCAUUCCCGAGAUUCAGUCGCCAAGAGUGCAGCAUUCAAUCUUGGAGGCGCCAGCAGUCAAGUUCAUCACCAGGCCGGACUUCUUCACCAUCCUGCACUCUAAUGCGGAGGCCAAGGCUAUGUUCCAGCGGAACACUUCGGUCAAGCACAUGGUCAACCGCAUCCGACGCGACCCGGGCAAGUUCUCGGACUACCAACACAACCGCGACCUGGUGGCGCUGCUCAACCUAUUUGUGGACCACCAGGCCGAGCUGCCGCGGGGCUGGGAGAGCAAGCACGACAAAUCUGGAAAGGUGUUCUUUAUUGACCACAACACUCACUGCACCACCUUCAUCGAUCCCCGCCUUCCUGUGGAGGUCACUGACCCCACCGCCAGCUUACUCCAGGCCCCCAACAGGGGGCGGAUGCGAAGCCGGAGCGAGGGGGAGGGAAUCAUCGACAGCAGCCACGACUCCAGCCUGUCAGCUGCAUCAGCAAGGGGAUUCACAAGGAACCAGGCGGGACCUCCGGUCCAGCCCCGGCCCAUCGAGACCCUGCGGGGAGAUCAGCCCGCCAAAAGCCAUGACGAGGCAGUGCCAAUGGCUUACAACGAGAAAGUCGUUGCCUUCCUGCGACAACCCAACAUUAUGGACAUCCUGAAGGAGAGGCAAGCAGACCUCAGCAACAACCCCAAGCUCAGGGAUAAGCUGCACCUGGUCCGGCAGGAAGGCAUCUCGGCCCUGGAGAGACUGAGCAACGACAUGGAACUCAUCAUUCUCUUGAGUCUGUUUGAGGAUGACGUCAUGAGCUACACGCCCACAGUGCUGCAGACCUCGUCGGGGCAUCACCGCUCGUCCCUAGCUAACAUCUCACCGCACAACACCCCCCAGCCAUCGCCUCACUCCUCACCAGUAGUGAGCCGUGCCAAUGCCAGAGCCCCAGCCCCGUAUCGCAGAGACUUUGAUGCCAAGCUACGAGGCUUCUACCGGAAGAUGGAGGCCAAGGGAUAUGGUCAAGGGCCCACCAAGUUGAAGCUUACGAUCAGAAGAGACCAUCUCCUGGAAGAUGCCUUUGGGAAGAUCAUGGCCAUCAGCAGGAAGGACAUCCAGAAAUGCAAGCUUUUCAUCUGCUUCCCCGGGGAAGAAGGGUUGGAUUAUGGCGGCCCGUCCCGGGAGUUCUUCUUCCUGUUAUCCCGAGAGCUCUUCAAUCCUUACUACGGCCUCUUUGAAUACUCCGCUAUUGAUACCUACACCGUCCAGAUCAGUCCCAUGUCUGCCUUUGUGGACAACUACUUGGAGUGGUUCCGUUUCUGCGGCCGCGUGAUCGGCCUGGCCAUCCUCCAUCACUUCCUCCUGGACGCCUUCUUCACCCGCCCCUUCUACAAGGCCCUGCUGCGGUCGUCCAGUCACCUGUCGGACCUGGAGUCCCUGGACCAGGAGUUCUACCAGAGCCUGCUCUGGAUGAAGGAGAACGACAUCACCGACGUGCUGGACUUGACGUUCACGGUCGACGAGGAGACCUUUGGCCAGUUGGUGGAGCGGGAACUGAAGCCCAACGGCAAGAAUAUCCCGGUGACGGAGAAGAACAAGAAGGAGUACAUCGACAGGAUGGUGAAGUGGCGGAUAGAGCGAGGGGUGUCGGAGCAGACCGAGAGCCUCGUUAGAGGCUUCUAUGAGGUUGUAGACACCAGGUUGAUUUCCGUCUUUGACGCCAGAGAGCUAGAGCUUGUCAUAGCCGGCACGGCAGAAAUUGACGUCCAUGACUGGCGGAAACACACGGAAUACAGAGGAGGUUAUCAAGAUAAGCACCAUGUCAUUAACUGGUUCUGGACGGCCGUGGAGUGCUUCGACAACGAGCGACGCUUGCGACUGCUGCAGUUUGUCACCGGCACGUCCAGCAUUCCCUAUGAAGGGUUCGCGGCGCUGCGUGGCAGCAACGGCCCGCGGAAGUUCUGCAUCGAGAAGUGGGGAAAAGUCACUAGCCUUCCCAGGGCCCACACUUGCUUCAACCGAUUGGACCUCCCGCCCUACACAUCCUAUGCAAUGUUGCUUGAGAAGCUGGUCAUUGCCGUUGAAGAAACGAGUACCUUCGGAAUCGACUAGAAGUGAAAUUAGUGAUUAGGACAACUUCUUUGGAAAAGAAGCAAACUUAAACCUCGGGUCAUACAUGAAGACACUUAAGAUUGAUUUACCAAAGUUUAAAACAAAAAACUUAAUGUAAACUUGUUAGGCAGUGUUGAUCCAUAUUUUCCAAGGUCCAUCAAAGUCAGUCAAUAGGUUUGGGAGGAUUCUGUAUGAUUAAGGAAAGUAGAGCCGGCUACUUUUUACAGGAGUUGUAGCACCUCUAAAUGCAUUCCACGUUGGCUAGAUUUCGGAGGAUUAGGGAACAUUUCCUCAUGAAAAAUUCUUACGAUGUCAGGCACUGCCAUCCCUAGCUUGACAUGUCACUUGUGCAUACUUCACACCUUUGCCAUUUCUGGCCACAGUUAUAUGAAGGCCAAGUACAUGAUAUCUAAGGUCUAGAGACCAGCUACAAGUUAAGCAUGCUGAACCGACAAUCUUAACUCUGUUUGAGAGAGAAUUGUCGACCAAAUGGGGUCAAGACGUCUUCACCAGUAAGCAGGAGAUCGUAGGUCGGAGACCCCUCUGAGCUAGCUUGUCCCGCAAAGACUUGGAAGGCUGCAUUAAGCAAAGGGGAAACCACACAUUUCAGUUGACGUUGCCGCAGACAUUUUCAUUGGCAGGUUUGACCAAAAUGCGUGGAGAGCUCCCUCUAUGGACAGAAAUCAGUCAAACUAUUUAAACAUCAAAUGAAGCAAAGUCGCUGAGCAGGUGCCAGAAAUUAAUUGUAAAGUACAGCUCUGUUGAUGCCGAACAUUGUCUUUCACGCUGUCCCCAAGUCCUUUUUUUGGGUCCAUUCCUUCUCCCAGAUUUGGCUUCCCUCCUGUUUAUUCUGUUGUCCGUAAAAGGUUUUUCAUUUAUUAAAUAAAUAAUUACUUGUUGACCACCAGGUCGUGCAAAUGAUAUAAUUACUUACAGAACCAACUGUUUCAUUUUUGUCUUGGUUCGAUUCUCUAGCGUUGAACGGUGGCCACCCAGAGGUGUGAAAAUUCAGCUUUUAUGGUUUAGAUGGUGACUCUGGAUGUUUUGUCUUUUUUCCUGCGCCUGCUGGGUGCAAACGUAUGGGGACUUCUUUUAUUCCAACUGUUUGCUAUCUGUUUUCAGCUUUAAUUUUAAAUGGCCACUCACACCCCUGUUACCCUUUCCUCUCUGUUUUGUGUUUUUUCACUUGUUCUUCAAUACAUUUUACUGCCUAUCGUUUUAAUCUGUUCCCCCACUGUAACUUGAGAGGUAAUGCACAUGAGAAAAUCAGAAAAAAAGUUAAUUGAACCUUUUCCCUCUCUGUGGAAAAAAAAUUGCUGUUUUGAACAAUAUUUUUUCUUUUUGUGUGAGAAUGCAAGAAACCUUUCUUUAGGUCAGUUCAUAAGUAAUAAUUUUGUUUCACAGUUUGGUUAUCUGUCCCCGUGCUCAGUUUCGCAAAAGCUGAAGUUCAGUGUUGAAAUGUUUCACCUUGCUACAGAAUCGUGCUAGCAUUGAUGGAAAUGGCAUGAAAUGUAAAUCUCACUUGUUUUGUAUGUGUAAUAAUUCUUUAUAUGGACAUUUACACUAAUCAAAGUAAUUUAUAUAUUUUGGUGAGUUGUCUUUUCCAAUUGUUUGAAAGAUGAAGGCACCAUUGUGAAAAAUAACAGAAUUUGUUUACAUCUGUGUACCUAGCUAUAUUUAAUUUAAAACUUUAUUUCUCUGAUUUUUACAUUAAUGUGCUUCGUGGUGUGGUUGUACAUGUAUAAACUAGAAAGCUAUACAUAUAUAUUAUACGAUUCCGUGCUACGGAGUUUAUGUUGUAAAUUAAUUUUACUUGAAAAAAUGUUCACAACAUUUUGUUGUACGCAAGUGGACAUAUUCUGCAUGCAGACACCGAUGGCAUUAAAUUUUAAGCACAAAUGUAAUUAAUAAAAUAAAGCAGGCAUUUGUAUCGCCUAUACACAUGGGUAGUUUUAUGCAAAUAACGUAGCAUAUAAUUUUUGUAAAUUCUGACAGAGAGCUACUGGCUCAACGCUGAGAAUGCAAACUGACAUGUUUGAACAACGAACUCGCGUAGAAAGACUAGAGAAAACACAGUUGUAAUCUAUGCAAAUGUCGUUACCAGAAUUCGGGGCUGUUUUGAAUCAUUCUUCCUUGUGGUGUAUCGCUUACAUACUUAUUUAUCAACUCCAGUUACGUAAACCCUUCCCCCUUCAGAAAAAAUGUAUCGCAAGUUUGAUUUUCACGCCCCAAAAAGAAGUAAAUAAGAUGUCUACCACGUCUGUUGUAAAUUUUUUAAGCUUUCACGUUAAAGAAAAAUUAAACAUUAACAAAAUGAGAAUUUACCAGUUAGUGUUGCGUAUUAAAACUAGAGACCUGUGGAAUUUGUUUCGUCAGAGGCAAUCAUUAAGGCCCUCCUCCCGCCACCACUCCCUCAUCCAGGAUUCACUUGGAAAUGGAAAUCAUGACCUAGCGUUUCUUUUUUUUCUGAUUGGCUAAAAGUAGUGAAGAGAAAUAUUUCAUAGUUUGUCAUUGCCACAGCAUGCAACUGUGUUCUUGGAUUUUUGUAUUCAUAGUUUGUACAGUAACCCCACUUGAACUUCAUUUACUUCCAACGCAGUUUUUCCAUUCUAUUUUUUCUGAUUGUUCUCAUGCUCUUUGUACCUUUCUUUGACAAGUGUCGUUUGCUAGGGAUAGAGAUUUUUGAUAUACAUUCUCAACGAAAUGGCUGAUGCAGAAAGAUAUAUGUUCAACAAAUAAAUUUGAUAUUUUUCCUGGGUCUUGAUUUCUACCGAUCAAUGUUGAGUUGUACGAUUAUGUGUACAUUAUUUGAAUUUAUUCAGGUAAAUAUUUAAAUAUAUAUAUAUUUAGAUAUCCGAUAUAAUUAUUUUGACUUCCACGUUCGAGCCCUUCAAAAAUUGUACGCUGUAUGAGUUUUAAUGAUGCCAAAAAUGUUCUUCUUUUAUACUUGGCAAUUUGGAUUUGAAAGAUCAAAUGAUGGCGGAAGUCGAUGUGUGUUUUCUAUUUAACGUGGUCGGUAGCCAAAGUUGCACAGUCACGUUCUAGUGUGCAUCCGGGAUUACUUUUUAAAAUACGAAAGUUUGAAACAAAGUCAUUAAAAAUGUUACCCUUGUUCAAUUGA